AUGCUUUCUUUGAUUCUCAUAUUUGCUUUAGGAACUUCAGCUUUUUACAAAAACAUGAAAUUUGACAUAAAGCAGGAAGAAGAUGACAUGACAGAUGACGAGAAGACGGUGAUGUCUGCGUUUAAGGGGACCAAAGGUGUUAUUCCAUUCAAUGAGAAACAGAUAGAGUACAAUGUCAUCUCUUAUAUGGCAGGUUACCAAAAAGAGUAUCUGGCAAUGGUUCAGUACAACAAUCAGAAGAGAAAUGGUCGUUCCAGAUCGGCGCACAAAGCUGUUCUUCAGGCAAUCCGUGAAUUAGGCAUUUAA